AUGAAUUUUGACGAUUUUGUUAACACUUUAUAUGAAAAAGAUGUAUUUGAUGAUGAAAAUUCAGAAUAUAUUAAGAAUACAAUUUUCCCCUUUUUAGUACCACUCAUUAAAUUAGUAAACGAUGAAAAAGAAAAACACAAAUAUUACAAUAUAAUUUAUAAUAAAAACGAAAAAGAAUUAUUAUCUAAUGUGCUCGAAGAAAAGAAGGAAACCAAUAUUGAACAAGUUGACAUAUUUUCAACGGAUAAAUUCAAGACAAAUCCUACAGAGUUAUUUGAUAUACAGAAAGAAGUUAUUAAACGAUAUAUAAAAAUAAAUCCUAUUUUAUUACUUAGUGAAUAUAUCCUGGAAGAAUACAAAUCGAAAAACCAUAAUGAUAACAAUAACAAUGAAAUAAAAGAAAAAAAAAGUUAUUAA